GGUAACUUUUAGGUUGAGCAUCUAAAAGAGCAUGCCCCGGUUAACUUUUACCUUGGCCGCAACACUUUUGUUUCUUCUGUACGUGUAGCAUGACAAACUCGAGAAACGCUUUGUCUACACACAUUUGUCAGUUUCUCGGGUUGAGAGUGAGAUAUCGUAUGGGCGCACCCGAGAAAAGUGACAUUUGAGUGUAGACAAAACGUUCUCGAGUUUGUCAUGCUACGCGUGCAGGAACACAUCGUAUGAAAGGCGCGAGACACAAGUGUUACCAACUUAGUCAUUUAUCCGGAUUUAUCUAUAUAAAAAGUUAUGUCAAAGUAGUAAAAUGAAACGUAAUAUCGCUGUAACAUCUCUAAGAUGUCUUAGCCUAUGGCUGGAGUCUUAGCAAGGGAAUAAGACGGUCGCAGCCAUAGAAACCGAAUACGGAAAAUGAACGUGUGCGAAAGGCUUAAUCUAACACUUUCAGGUUAACUCUAAAACGUAUACCACUUACAGAAACAACGGAAUGCCGCCGAGCAAUUCUAUUUAGACCACCAAGAUGUUUAUGAGGCGCGGGGUAAAUCGAGCCGGGAUAGAUUAGAAGCGGUCCACUUACACAAUAGCGGUUAUCCGAAGAUGCACGAUGAACUGAAUAAAAAGCGAUCGACUACCAAGAUUACAGCUGUCUCAGAACAUCCCGUUGCGACUUUGAAACAAGCAACUCACAAGCGACACAACACUGGCAUUAAAAUGGACUCUGUUACCAGAAAGAAUUCAAAGUCAAGAUAUCAUACACGUGACACCAGAGGAAGGGCCGGACGCCGUGACAACUCUAGAAUAACGAAAUCUAAAUCAAAACAAACGAGAGGCAGACGAUCCUCGUGCAAAACGUAUAAAAUAAUGAAAAUAAAAGCGAAUAUUGGUUGUCAAUGCUCCACUUAUUAUAUAGCCAAAGACAAAAAGAAUGGCACAGAUAAUAUUGUUCUGCCACCGGGUAUUGUUGAUAAAAUGGCAGUCGACGAAAACUCGUUUCGAUGUUACCAUUUGAAUCAGAAUUUAGCAGAUGUUAACAGACCACGUACGUAUAAUGAUAUGAGUUCGAAAGAGUCCAAACAAAAUAAUCCAGACACGGAAGGCUCAGUCAGUACGUAUAACAGUUACGCGUCCCUUGAACAUGAACCAAUGAUUUCGUAAUAAAAUGUAAAUUUGUCUAUGAAAUUGAAAUAAAAACGUUAUCAUUUCUUUAUUAAGUUUUCUAAAUACUUCAUUAACUGUAAUCAAAUGUAGAUAUUGAUUAAAAACUACUGGCAUCCCGAUAAACGCGUCAUCCAGCAUUUGUAAAAUCUUGGGAACCAUGAUAUGUUUACAUACGUAUUUAGAUGUUUUAUAGUUGAUUAAAAUAAGUAUCGUCUCUGAUUAUUACUAGAUAAAAAUACAGUACAUUUUAAACUGUCUUCAAUUGAAGUUUAAAGAAAUACCGAGCAAAUGCCAGCCUGCUCUCACUUGGUGGUUGACACUGUAAGAUCUAACAAUUCCUGAGAAUACUCCGUGGAGGAGGGAAACGCGUGUAGAGAGUUGAUUUUGCGAAAUUUGUUGCCGUUUGUACAUGUGAAUUUGUGUGCGGAUAGUACACAACAAGUCUUGCGGAUAUUGACUGAGUGUGGAAGUUGCUAUAUAUGAUAAUUUAAAUGAAGUCCUCAAAAUCACGCCUAAUUCUAUUUAAAAAAUUGUAUUUAAGCCGGAUUAAUAUUUAAAUCAAACUGGAUUUACAUUUAAAUAUCAAAUAUUAGGACAAAAUAUAUAAUGACAAAAGUAGUUACAUGAAACUACAUUCAUUGCAUUAAUUUCACUAGCAGUUGCACGUGUGAACGUUUACUUUUG